GAAAAUCGUAUAUUUUAAGGAAUGAUCCGACUCCUCCUGACAAGCGGUGGUAGAAGACAAUCGGCCUAACCAUUGCCGUUUAAUCAGGCUUCCGGUAAGCCUUCCAUAGAUCAGAAAUCAGGCUCCGGCCGCAGCGUCUCCCGGGUUCUAUACACACAGGAAGACGAGAGUUACAACACUAACUCGGCGUUGGAAUCCUGUAAACUCACCGUUCUCCUUCCUUAAGUUAUAAUCAUGGUGAAGCACAACAACAUAGUGCCUAACGGUCACUUUAAAAAGCACUGGCAAAACUAUGUGAGAACCUGGUUUAACCAACCCGCGCGAAAGACCAGAAGACGCUUUGCUAGACACAAGAAGGCUGCGAAGAUCUUCCCCCGCCCAACGGCUGGUCCCCUACGCCCGGUUGUCCGGUGCCAGACACUGAAGUACAACAUGAAGCCAAGAGCAGGUAGAGGCUUUACUCUUGAGGAACUAAAGGCUGCAGGAGUUGCGAAGAAGCUCGCCCCUACCAUCGGCAUUGCAGUUGAUCAUCGUAGGAAGAACCACUCCUUGGAAGGCCUCCAAGCCAACAUCCAAAGGCUUAAAACAUACAAAGCAAAGCUUGUGAUUUUCCCGAGGCAUGCCCGGAAUUUUAAGGCUGGUGAUUCUACUGCGGAGGAGCUUGCUUCUGCCGCGCAGGUGAAGGAUGGCUACAUGCCUGUCGUGCAUGAGCGGCCCUCAGUUCAGAUGGCGGAAGUUACAGAGGAAAUGAAGACGUUCAUGGCUUAUGGAAAGCUUCGUGUUGAGAGGAUGAACGCGCGGCAGCUUGGUGCCAGAUUGAAGAAGGCUGCUGAGGCCGACAAGGAAGAGAAGAAGUAAGAGAGAGAGAGUUUUGACAAUUAUUUUUGGGGGUAUUUACAUACAUACCAUGCAAUUCAUGUUUAUUUACAUAUUUGCACCUAUACUUUCAUCGCACAUUCAUUAAUUAGUGAAAUGCACUUUUUUUCAUGCGUAAGCAAGGUGGGGUUAGAUUUGGACAGAUUCUUCUGCUCC